GCGUCGCUCUCCGUGUACUAUCCGUCACUUAUUCGAGCUUACACUCGCUUGCUCGCUUCGUUCACUUCUUUUAUUGUUUCUACACGCACUCGCGCUCAGGAGCACAGCAAAAGUUUUGCUAAAGUAUAAAUUUCUUCCCGAGCACACAAGAGGGCGAGGCUUAGGUGGCUGUGGCGCUCUUAGCUCGCCAUAUGCCCUGAACAAGGCUGGAAUAUCAUGUGGGUUAAGCCGGAGGAGGUCUUGUUGGCCAAUACUUUCUGGAUUACAGAAGAAGCUACUACCUACUUUGUAAGGCAACGUAGAAAAGGUCAUGGAAAAAUUAAAGGCCUCACUUCCAUUCUUGUUGGAACACUCGACAGUGUAUUUGACACAAAACCACCACCUUUCAGAAUACUACAUCAAACACCAUCAUCCGAAGUAUAUUGGAUGGUGGCAUGUUCCUUGACACAUUCAGAUAUAGUGAGAGAUUGGGAAUGGCUUCACAUAAAUUUGACAACCACCCUACAAUCUUUUGAUACUGAAGAAGAAAUUACAGAUUUUGUGUGUUGCAAAAUACAGUCGAUUAUAGCAAAUAAUGUAUCAGAGAACAAGCUUGUUGAUGAUGAAGAUUCACAGUCUUUUAAAAGAGUUUCAUUCAAAUUCCAUCAGCUUUUCAAUGUGCCCAAGGAUGAUAAACUUGUAAAUUAUUAUUCUUGCAGUUAUUGGAAGACAAAAAUACCAAGGCAAGGAUGGUUGUAUUUAUCUGUAAAUCAUAUGCGUUUUUAUGCUUAUAUUCUGUCAAAGGAAACAAAAUUGGUUAUCAGAUGGGCAGAUAUUUUAGAGCUGGAAAAAACAAAUUCCCUUGUAUUCCCUGACAGUAUUCGUAUAGUGACGCGUGAUAAUAAAGAGCAUUACUUUUCAAUGUUUCUUCACAAAUCUGAAACGUACUCAUUAAUGGAGCAGUUGACGAAUCUCGCGAUGAAACGACUCAUAGACGAAAAAAGUGGUUUCAAUGAAGAUAGAGAUCUUCUUAAUAAAUUAAGUAAGAAUGUGCCUAAAAAACCUUCGUUUUUGAAACGAGAUCUUGAUGCACGUGCACACUCUGAAGCAUACAGGCUUCAAUUCAGGUUGCCAGGAAGUGAGAAAUUAGAUGGUUGCGUUGAUGCAACAUUAUGGACACCGUACAAUAAGAGACAUAAUUGGGGAAAAAUAUAUCUGUCACAAAAUUAUUUGUGUUUUGAGAGUAGAGUAAGGAAUUUAGUUAGUUUAGUUAUACCGUUCAGAGAGGUAAGGCUUAUUGAAACACCAGAUAAUCAAGCAUCAAAUAGUUCUGUUGAUAAAGCGAUAUUAGUGACAACUGCGAGAGCCUCGUUUCUUUUUGCACAAAUACACGAUAGAGAUUUUGUAGUUAAAAAAAUAUCGGAAUUACUUGCGAAAACAAAUAUUGCUUUAGUUACUCCGGUAGAAAGCGUAGGGAAUCAAUCAAAAGACGGAAAAGCUGCAGAACUUUGGAAGUCUCAGCCUCCACUGAUGAAAAUGUUCAAGGCGCCACUAAGCGAUGAAGCUGCUGCUAAACAAAUUGCAAAAGAAAAACAAUGGGAAACGCACUUUGCUGAAUACGGAAGAGGAAUGACGAUUUACAGAACUGUUGAAACUGCAAAACUCGUCAUUGCUGGAAUACCGCAAAAUCUUCGUGGAGAAGUUUGGCUGACAUUUUCCGGUGCCUUAAAUGAAAUGGCAAUGAAUCCUGGAUUAUAUAAAUCACUUGUCGAUCAAUCGAUAGGAAAAUCGUGUCAAGCCAAUGAAGAAAUCGAAAGAGAUCUACAUAGAUCUUUACCAGAGCAUCCUGCUUUCCAAUCAGAAACCGGAAUCAGUGCUUUGAGACGUGUUCUUUCAGCAUAUGCUUUUAGAAAUCCCCAAAUAGGUUACUGUCAAGCAAUGAAUAUUGUAGCAUCAGUUCUACUUAUAUAUUGCUCAGAAGAGGCGGCAUUUUGGCAAUUGUGCAAUGUUUGCGAAUUACUAUUACCAGACUACUACGAUCGUCGAGUAGUUGGUGCACUUGUAGAUCAAGGUCUUUUAGAAGAACUAGCUGCUGAGCAUUUACCUACCUUGUACAAUAAGUUGAAAGAUCUUGGCUUGAUCAGAGUCAUUUCUCUGUCUUGGUUUUUGACAAUAUUCUUAAGCGUCAUGCCAACUAGUAGUGCUGUUGACAUUAUGGAUUGCUUCUUUUAUGAUGGAGCAAAAGUUAUUUUCCAGGUGGCUUUAACAGUACUAGAAUGGAAUCAAGAAAAAUUAUUAAAGUGUCACGACGAUGGUGAAGCUAUGCAGCUAUUAACUGAUUAUCUUGGAGGAGUAUUUAAUGAUGAAGGUCCAGUAUUACCAAGGCCGGUAGAUAGUGUGCUGCCCAACAAGAGUAUUUCUAUUCAAACGUUGAUCUACGAAUCAUAUUCUCGAUAUGGAUCUCUCACAAUAGGCGGAAUUGAAAGACUUCGUUUAAAACAUCGUCUUAGAGUAGUUCAAAGUCUGGAAGAAGGUAUAGAGAAGAAUAUCAUAAGAAGUGUCAUCAAUGAAAAGUUGAUGACAACAGAAGAAUUACAGGAAUUAAUAAAUUUAGUAAGAGAAGAAUUGAUGAGUCAAAGAAAACCCGAAACUGAUCGAUAUGAUCCAACGCAACCUCCUUACGAAGUGUAUAAGGUUGAUUACGAGCUUUUUAGAAUAUUAUUCGCUGGUUUGUCACCGUGGGGCAAAUGUACGCAAGCUGAAUCACUUGCUGCAAGACUAUUUCGAUUAAUGGAUCGCAAUCAUGAUAGUCUGUUGAAUUUUAAGGAACUUGUGCAAGCAAUUGCAAUGACGGCUACUGUCGACUCUUCUCAAAGAUUAAAACUGUUGUAUACGCUUCAUUUACCACCUCUUUUGACUCCAGUCGAUUUCGAAUCUCCAUCUCAAUCAGACGGUGCUGAAGUAGCCGCCGAAGCAACGGAUUUCUUUGAUAGUAUGGAACAAAAUUCUUUAGAAGUACCAGUUAGUCUCGCGGAAGAACCUAUCAAUACCCUAUCUCGGUCAACGAGCACAAACAGCCACGCAGGUGAUCAGUCUUGGGAGGAACAAAGCAUGGGUAGCUUACGCUCCAUGAUUGCGUCCAGGGAUAGUCCGUUAGAUUUAAAAACUGUGCCAAAAAUGUCCCAACCUCAUUUUAUAGCUUUAUGGAAAACUUUGUACGACAUGUUUUCUGCUCAACCCGAGGAUCAAGAGACAUAUCAUUGUAUAGCUGAAAUAGGGACGUUACUACUACAAUUAGGUGAUGUCAGCAAAAGAUUUUACGUGGAUAGAGAAGAAUCCGAAGAUAGUUUAGCUGCAGCAUCGGCAGCUAAAGUUGUUUCCAUCAUGACGCCUGAUAGUAAUGGUAAUCCUACAACACCUUCAGCUUCAGAACCUAACUGGUCGAUUACUGUGGAGCAGUUUCUAGCGUCAGCUUUGAAUGGCGAACCAAUUGUGAACUUUUUUAGCAAAAGAGCGAACCUCAUAGAAUCAAUAAGCUCACUAAGAAAUCGCAGAUUCAAUCGCACACAUUCUCUUUCUGAAACUCCGGUACUACACGUGUGAUAUUCGAUUACAUAAUCAUUCAAGAACAUUAAUUAUUUAUAAAUUAUUUCAUGAAUGGGUUUACAUAAGAGCUCAUUUUUAAAUGUUGUGUACCAGUUAUUCUUUGAAUUUUCUUUUUACAAUAUGCGAUAAAUGAAAAUGAAUUGCUAAUUCAGAUCUCACGUCAACUUUCAACUGUAAUUAGCUCAAAUUAUUGAAAAUUUGUUAAUAUAUUGAGCAUCUUGAUAAAAAAAAAAUAAAGUUAUUGUUCAUCAAAUUUGAACAGAAAUUGAUCAGAUCACACAAGGUGCUCAUAAGCCAAAAGUAAUUAGUCAUUAGAGUUUGAAAUUUUGUACAAAAAGAAAAUCAAACAUUUUGAGAUAGAAAUGAUCAUUAAUAUAUGAUUAGUGUUUAGAAUCUUAAAUAUUUUUCAGAAAAAUCCUAUUAGAUUUUUUUAGUUUGAGUUACUUUUAUGAUUGUUACACAUGCUGGAUAUGUAAUUUAUUAUUAAGCUGAAUUUUUUUUUGUUUUGCAAUGAAAUUAAUAUAGCAUCGCUUCAGCAAUAUUUUGUUAAUAAUCAAUAUUUUUCAAUGUGAUACAAUUAUAUUUUAUAGAGAUGAUUUUUAUUUUUAUAUAUUACUUAGGUGAAAAGUAACUUGCACAUAAAUUUGUGAAUGAAGAAUUUAAAAA